CAUUAAUCCCAGCUCUCCCUUCCACCUUGGGCUCUUUGCGCCGCAUUUCAACCCAGUUAUUCAUCAUCCCUACCAUCAUCAAUCGAGCUGGGGUCUCCCCGUUUCACCGCGACAGGAAACCUUUCCCCGACCGACCCGACGACACUACUCGUUCACAAAGUCGGAGCGUCCAGACGAAAACCAUGAUUAUCAUCGCCCGCUGAAAGCGCUGCUUGUGGACAACACCUGCUGUUCUGUCAGUGGUCGCGCCGGCGGCGCCUCAUCACAACGAAGCAAAUCUGCGGCGAUUCCGUACCUUGGAACGGCGAUUAGAUGACUGCCUCAGUGCAUUGGGGGUACAGCCAUCUGCAACACAACUCACCAUGCGUCGCCUUUCACGUAUAAAGGGCACCAGCAAAUCCAUCAGAUAGUCUUGCUAUUGCAGCCGACAUCUAUACCUCGAUCCUAUACCGUUCAUCUCUCCAUAACGUACCCUUCCAUCUCAACCAGUCAAGAUGGCCUCCGCGACCAAGGCGCACAACUACAAAUUUGCCUUGGAAAAGUACAUGCUUCUCCAGGAGCAGCAUGCGGAGCUCUCCAAACACCUUCAGCAGAUCCGCCACCGCAAGCAGUCUACGAGUAGUAUCUCGCCUCGUUCCUCCAGCCCGUCGUCGUACAAGUCGUCAUCGCCGAAGUUGCAUUCACGAAGCAGCGAACGGCAACCAUCGAGAGCGAAGGCGCCAUGCCGCGGCUGGAGCGAAUCCCACCGCGACGCCGAUACCCUCGACACCAUUGUCGACGAGAAAGCGCUAUACGAGAUCUCCGCCGAGGAGCCGCGACUAUUCGACGUCAACGAGAGCAUCAAGCGCGUGCUGACGGAGCUGCUGAACUGCGAAACGAUCCGCGGCGACAAUUCCAUGCGCAUGUGGGCGCAGAGGAAACUGAUGGAGACGGAGAAAGAACUUCGAUCAGGGCGCCGGAGAAGGAGCUCUCGUUGCACAGAAUGAUCAAGACGACAAUCAGCUACCACCUUUAUUCUUAAUACUAAUUUUUGCAUAGGCAUUUGGCGCCUUGGGAGCGAUUCCACGGGAGGAUUGGCUGCGACAUUCGCGCUUUGGGAAAGAGGACAACCACAGGGGUCCUGUUUGAUACAUUCGAUUAAAGCA